AUGUCUGCCGCGUCCAGGCGAGCCCAGGUGCGCUCGCUCCUCUCGGCCCGCUCGGGCAUCCUCGUCGACCGCGCAGAGUCGUACCUCGCAGCCGUCGACGUAUGGGCAGGCCAGGGCAAUGCAAAGGUCGUCCAACGCAUCGGCACAGGCCUCGUCGCCGUAUGCUGCUGGCUGGCAGCAGAGAGCCUCGACAGCACCACCUUCACUCGCGCCGCCGCAGAGAGGGCGUCCGGUCUCACCCCGAUCCAGUUCCGCAAUGCUGAGCGCGACCUCCGCGCCGCUGUCUCGAGCGUCGGGCACUCGGUGCCGGCUCUCCAAUCCUCGGCUGCCCUCCAACCUCUCACUCCUUCCCGCCGCAGCGCUGCGUCUUCGGUCCAUGGCACACCGUCGCAGCGCAGCGCUGGCGCCGACAGUCCGGUACCGUCGAGGACAACGCCCAGCAAGCGGAGAAGGCUCGACGACGUCACCAGCUUCGAUCCCGCCGACCGCAGCCCGGAAGCGCUGCGAGCAAAGGCGCAGGCCGCACAGUCCGGCACCCUCUUCGCCAAACCACCCGGUCACGACCCAUUGCCGUCGCCCCAUGCGAUCUCCGCCCUCUCGACACCGAGGACCACGCGCUUCCGCGAUCACUUGGCCGGCGCGCAACCGCUGGCGCACACCCCCUCCCGGAGCUCUCCGCUCAAGCGUCAGAGGUUCGACGAGAGCCCCGCAUCAGCUGCAGAUCCGCGUGCCGCCGCAGCCGAAGCCUCUUUCGAGGCAGCCAUGGCAGCCGUCGCCGGAGCGGCACGGACGCCGUCGGCGGUCGGUCCGGACUGCGCCGCAACAGGUAUAGACGCGCGGGGGAAUGCUGGCGCCGGCGGCGAGGCCGGGGACAAAGCCGUCUACGGUAUGGACCUCGCGGAUCCGCUCUUUGACCAGCCUUCUGCAGGACACAGUCGGGCUCGCCGCCUGCAAGCGAUGCGCAAGCAGGUGCUCGGACUCGGCAGCAGCGGCAGAAGCCACGGAGGCUCGAGGAUCCUCACCACCCGGCCAACCCAGACGGAACUGCAGAUCAGGUUGGAGUCGCUGCGGCACCGCCUGGCACCGCUGCUGGAUGGUCAAGACGGCACUGCCGCUUCAUCUAGCGACGACCCCGCCUCCGCUGGCGACCGGUGGGACGCGUAUGGCUCUGCGGCGGACCUCUUUAUCUGCAUCCCGAUUGUCAAUCCGUCCUCUUAG